UUUAUAGGUAAGACCCGUUAAAGUCAGUAAUAUCUCACUAGCUACCUCUGAGAAGGAUAUUAAGGAAUUCUUCUCUUUUUCUGGUGAUAUACAGUAUGUUGAAAUGCAAAGGGAAACUGAAACAUCUCAGCUUGCAUACGUUACCUUCAAGGAAUCACAGGGAGCAGAUACAGCUAUGCUUUUGACAGGAUCCACAAUUGCUGAUCUUUCAGUCUCUAUUACACGGGUUGAGAAUUACCAGCUGCCUCCUGAUGCUCCUCCCCUAACCCCUACUGCUACCAGAUCCUCUUUUUUGCUGGUGGCUGAUGGUUGUUGCUUGUUGGUCUGCUGCAGCUGCUGGUUUGCUGCUGCUGCGACCCUCGUGGCUGGGUUGCUGCUGCUGCAAUGUUGCUAUGAGGCGGCUGCUACUAGAUGUUGGUCUGCUGGAUAAGUUUGUGGGUGAUUUUCAUGUCGUUUUGCCUGUCUUUGUUAGUUUCAUGUUUUCAUUUUGUUAUCUGUUGUUUCUAAUGUGGGUUUACAAUUUGGAUGUAUUUGGGUAUUUUAGUGACUUUAUCCUUUUAGGUUUUAUACAUUGCUUCUAAAAGCAGUAUUAGUAGUGUUUUUUUUUUUGCUUGCACAUCAACUUUAGGUGAUUUCAUAUCAAUGUUAUUAGUUUGUAAUAGUGAUGCCUGAGGGAUGCCUCUU